AAAUUAGGGAAAUUUCAAGCACAUUCCCCUCCCCUCCCCGCUUGGUCAAGGGUCCCAGGUCACAGGUCCCCUGGGCCACCCCCUUUGUCCCUGGGGCUGCCCAGCUGCCUGGGAGUGGCCCCACCCUCGGAUAAUGGGCCAGCCCCCCAGGCUCCAGGAUUCAUGCUGGAAGGGGGGUGGCCCCCCAGAGACCGGGUGCAGCCGUGUCUGUCUGCAGCGUCUGAGGGCGGACCCAGAAGGCCUGAGCAGCAUCUGCCCCCAGCCCCCUGUGGGGCCCCGGGGCCCCCUGAAACCUCCAGGACGGAGCCAGACGGGGCUGGCACCAUGAACAAGUUACGGCAGAGCCUGCGGCGGCGGAAGCCAGCGUACGUGCCCGAGGCCUCGCGCCCGCACCAGUGGCAGGCAGACGAGGAUGCGGUGCGCAAGGGCACGUGCAGCUUCCCGGUCAGGUACCUGGGCCACGUGGAGGUGGAGGAGUCCAGGGGGAUGCAUGUGUGUGAGGAUGCCGUGAAGAAGCUGAAAGCGAUGGGCCGGAAGUCUGUGAAGUCGGUCCUGUGGGUGUCAGCCGAUGGGCUCCGAGUGGUGGAUGACAAGACCAAGGACCUGCUGGUGGACCAGACCAUCGAAAAGGUCUCCUUUUGUGCUCCUGACCGCAACCUGGACAAGGCCUUCUCUUACAUCUGCCGUGAUGGGACCACCCGCCGCUGGAUCUGCCACUGUUUCCUGGCACUCAAGGACUCUGGCGAGAGGCUGAGCCACGCUGUGGGCUGUGCUUUCGCCGCCUGCCUGGAACGGAAACAGCGGCGAGAGAAGGAAUGCGGGGUGACAGCCACCUUCGACGCCAGCCGCACCAGCUUCGCCCGCGAAGGCUCCUUCCGCCUGUCCGGGGGCGGGCGGCCCGCUGAGCGAGAGGCCGGCGACAAAAAGAAAGCAGAGGCAGCAGCUGCCCCCACUGCAGCUCCCGGCCCUGCGCAGCCUGGGCACGUUUCCCCGACACCAGCCACCACAUCCCCUGGUGAGAAGGGCGAGGCAGGUACCCCAGUGGCUGCAGGCACCCCUGCAGCUGCCAUCCCCCGUCGCCAUGCCCCCCUGGAGCAGCUGGUUCGCCAGGGCUCCUUCCGUGGGUUCCCAGCACUCAGCCAGAAGAACUCGCCUUUCAAACGGCAGCUGAGCCUGCGGCUGAACGAGCUGCCGUCCACGCUGCAGCGCCGCACCGACUUCCAGGUGAAGAGCACAGUGCCCGAGAUGGAGCCUCCUGGUGCCGGUGACAGCGACAGCAUCAACGCUCUGUGCACACAGAUCAGCUCGUCUUUCGCCAGUGCUGGUGCAGCAGCACCAGGGCCACCACCUGCCUCAAUGGGGACUUCUGCUUGGGGCGAGCCCUCGGUGUCCCCAGCAGCUGCCUUCCAGCCUGGGCACAAGCGGACCCCUUCGGAGGCCGAGCGGUGGCUGGAAGAGGUGUCCCAGGUGGCCAAAGCCCAGCAGCAGCAGCAGCAGCAGCAAGUGUCCUCGGUGCCUGCCGUACCCCCUCCCCUGCAGCCCUUCCCCGCCCCCUUGGGGCCCUUCGAUGCUGCACCUGCCCAGAUGGCCCUGUUUCUGCCGCCCCCACACAUGCAGCCCCCUUUUGUGCCCACCUACCCAGGCUUGGGCUACCCGCCCAUGCCCCGCGUGCCCGUGGUGGGCAUCACACCCUCACAGAUGGUGGCCAAUGCCUUCUGCUCAGCCGCCCAGCUCCAGCCCCAACCUGCCGCACUGCUGGGAAAAGCUGGAGCCUUCCCGCCCCCUGCUGCGCCCAGUGCCCCUGGGGGCCAGGCCCCCCCUCGCCCCAAUGGGGCCCCCUGGCCCCCAGAGCCAGCACCCGCCCCGGCCCCUGAGCUGGACCCCUUUGAGGCCCAGUGGGCAGCGUUAGAAGGCAAACCCGCUGUAGAGAAGCCUUCUAACCCCUUCUCGGGCGACCUGCAAAAGACCUUCGAGAUUGAACUGUAGCCCAAGCCACCCUGCCUACCCCAUUAUCUCCGGGUGCCCCCCGCCUGGGAGUGGAGGCCCAGCUGUCCCCUCACCAUGCUCCCUGGGGCUGCGCCCCUCAACAGCCCUCUAACCCCUCUCUCUACUCCCCCGACAACCACUAUAGAACCAACAUUGUGACACCCAGGCCGCCAUAGGAUGGAACUCAGGGGCGGACCCAGCCUGGCUAAGGGUCCUGUUUUACUGCCAGGCUUAGGCUGGCAACGCUCCUUACUCCCCAGACGGGGGUGGCUGCAGUCCCACUGAGUGCCCUCGGUUAAAGCUACAUUUUCCAGUUUCUGUUGUUGACCUUCCACCUCCCAGUGUUGGGUGGGAUGGGGGAGGGAUACCCAUUUAGGGGCUCGCCUGGGCCCCACACGGGUCUCCCCCCCCAUACACAGCACAAGCAAAGGGCUUCCCUCUGCCCACCCGCUGCGUUCACUGCCAAUGCUGUGCUCACCCCUAUUACCCCUCCCCUCGGGGGCCAACAUCCUCCCUGGGCCAAGGUCUCUUGGGGGCAGGGGCCAAGUUGGGGGCCCAGGAAGUGGGGUAGGGGGAAGGAGGAGAUGCUAAGUUACCUCACGUUGGUGCCCGCUGGGGAGGGGUCCAGAGGAAGGGGGCGGGGUGCCUGGCGGGUACUUUUCUAUCUUUUAUUUCCAGAUUUUUUUGUAUCUAAACUUGCAUAUUUGUAUUAUACCAGGACAGCCAAUAAAGGAAGGGUAUAAUGGUGCCCCUCAGGAAAGCAGGGUGUGUGUUGGGGGGGUGAGGUCACACAGCCUUUCUUCCUGAUUCAUCCCCUAAGGCAGGGGGGUCUCCCUGCAUAAUACCCUGGUCAGAACUAGCAGCAGGUAACAGCUGACCUGGUACUGCAGAGGUGAGUAGCAAAGGGUGCCCAAAAUUAAUCACCCCAUUUCUGAUUCUCACAGAUUUUGAACCAAGGAAUUAAAAUUCUAAUCUGCUGCUAAUAAGUUCAGUAUUAAAAUCCCUUCAAAUAAUGAGGCUUGGAAUAGCAUAUCUUUGAGCAGGCUAAUUCCUUUGUCAUCAGUUGUAUUCUCUGUGACUGAGGCCAAAGUGUCAUCUGAUGUGGCAGCAUGUUUUCAAGUCUGUCUUGUUUCUUGUGCCCCUUGAUAUAAUCUACGAGUUAUGUAUUUUUCAAUAUGUAAUAUAUAAAUUAUAUGCUUAACUCUU